UAAAGAAAAAAUGUUACGAGGGGACAAAAGGGUAUUAGCUUUGUUGUUAUUGCUCUGUGCUCAUGUUUUUGUGGCCGAUGUGGUUGCAAGGAAUGUGGCAAGUGUAAAAUAUGAUGAAGAAAAGAACUUAGGGUUUGGAAAGGGUGGUGGCUUUGGUGGUGGAUUCGGUGGGGGUGCUGGCGGAGGAGGAGGAGCUGGUGGUGGCUUCGGAGGUGGUGGAGGAGGUGGAGGAGGGUUCGGUGGUGGUGCUGGCGGUGGUGGAGGAUUCGGUGGUGGAGCAGGUGGGGGCCAUGGAGUUGGAGGCGGUGCUGGUGGUGGCUUUGGAAAGGGUGGAGGGCUAGGAGGUGGUGGAGGCUUUGGAAAAGGAGGUGGCCUUGGAGGAGGUGCAGGCGGUGGACAUGGUGGUGGUAUAGGUAAGGGCGGCGGUGGAGGCUUUGGUGGCGGCAUCGGAAAAGGUGGCGGCAUUGGUGGUGGUAUUGGCAAAGGAGGAGGUCUUGGUGGCGGUGGCGGCUUUGGAAAAGGUGGCGGCGGUGGCUUUGGAAAAGGUGGCGGAGUUGGUGGCGGUAUUGGCAAAGGUGGAGGUCUAGGUGGUGGUGGCGGCUUUGGAAAAGGUGGCGGUGUCGGUGGGGGUAUUGGCAAAGGUGGAGGUUUAGGUGGUGGUGGCGGCUUUGGAAAAGGUGGUGGUGUUGGUGGUGGCGGAGGCUUUGGUAAAGGUGGAGGUGUUGGUGGUGGUAUUGGCAAGGGUGGAGGUUUAGGUGGUGGCGGCGGCUUUGGAAAAGGUGGAGGUGUUGGUGGUGGUAUUGGCAAAAGUGGAGGUUUAGGUGGUGGCGGCGGCUUUGGAAAAGGUGGAGGUGUUGGUGGUGGUAUUGGCAAAGGUGGAGGUUUAGGUGGUGGUAUUGGCAAAGGCGGAGGUUUAGGUGGCGGCGGCGGCUUUGGUAAAGGUGGAGGUGUUGGUGGUGGUAUUGGCAAAGGCGGAGGUUUAGGUGGUGGCGGCGGCUUUGGCAAAGGUGGAGGUGUUGGUGGUGGUAUUGGCAAAGGCGGAGGUUUAGGUGGUGGCGGCGGCUUUGGCAAAGGUGGAGGCAUUGGAGGUGGAAUUGGUAAGGGUGGAGGUUUUGGUGGUGGUGUUGGAGGAGGUUCCGGUGGUGGCAUUGGUGGUGGUUUUGGCAAAGGUGGUGGUUUUGGCGGUGGUGUUGGAGGAGGUUCUGGUGGUGGCUUUGGUGGAGGUUUUGGCAAAGGUGGUGGCUUUGGAGGAGGAGCAGGUGGGGGAUUUGGUGGAGGAGCAGGAGGCGGGUUUGGUGGAGGAGCAGGUGGUGGAUUUGGAGGUGGUGGGGGCGGUGGAGGAGGAGGUGGAAUUGGACACCACUGA